UCUGAGUUCGGGCUCGUUCGAACGAGGGCUUCAAAAUUCGGAGUUAGGGCUACAAGAAAGGGGAUCUGAAGUUCCCGCCUUCACUUCACACAGAACCAUGGGGAGGAAGGUAAAGAAGCUGGAUACGGGAAACCCCAUAUCGGACCACUGCUAUGGAGAAGCAGGGAGUCUCAAGGCGAACAUCACAAAAUCCGAAAACCCUAAGAAAAACGAGAAAAUGACAGUGAAGAUUCAAGUUCUGAGUCAAAGCGCACAAAAAAUUCCUCCGAUUGUAGGGUACUUUCCAUCUGGUUUCGAUCCGUUGAAGGAAAGUAUGGAGGACGACGAGACGGAGAACACCAGUGGACCGGUAAGCAGGGUUAGUUUGUUCAAAAACACAAAAAGGACCAAUAGGUUUCAGCUCGUCGUGAGCGGGUCUCAGGUGAAUUUCGUCGGUACAAAUUUUUCCGGCGAGGCUACGGCGGCGCAGAGCUGUAGCUACUCUAUUGGGGUGCUGGACAAGGAGACUCAGACGCUUAAGAUCGUUCCUAUUGCUGGAAACAUGAUUAUAAGACUGGAUCCUAAGAUAGAUGGAGAAGAAGAAGAAGAAGAUAAUACGGCCAAGCGAGAAAUGACUGAAGAGGAAAAGAAAGCCCAAAAGAAAGCUAGAGAGAUGAUUCUUCCCAAGAAGACUGUAAAUCUGGACAAGAAGAUUGAAACACUACGUCAAGGUGUUAAUGCCGGUGGGGAUCAUGUAAUAGAAGGGAGCAAACUCUUAAAUCAAGAUGCACUUGAAGAAGUUCCUUUCACGGAUGAUUAUGAUCGGAAUAUCCCACCGUAUGAUUUGGCUGCCACUACACCCGAGACAGCAUAUCCCCUGCACAAGAUUAUAUUCAAGGGAGAAUGGGAUUACCUUACAGAUAUCUUUGACCUUUCCGAAGCUGGAGAGCGCAUUAGUCCUAAUGCUUAUCCAAGCUUUGUUUGCAACAGAAUGCAUACUUUGGCUGACAUUAAGAGUGAAGAGGAGCGGCGAAAGCUGGCUAGAAUCUUUUCAUAUAUCACUCAUCUUGUCAAGUUCAAGGACAAACACUCCAUGGAUGGUUUUCAAUCUGCCAAGAAUCACAGAUUUCCUAAGAUGUUGUUCCGGAAGUUCUCUUCGAUGUUUUGUGUACCCGAAUCCAAAAGACUUCCCAAUGAAAAAGUUGAUCUCCUCAUCAGUUAUGUGCUCGUGCUUACUCUAUAUGCUGACAACUUCCGCUCCAAUCCAUCCGACAUAGCCAAAGACCUUAGAACAAUAACUGGACAUUUAAGGCCUCGUCUUGAGUUGCUGGGUUGCAAUUUUGUUCGUGACGAGAAAAGAGGUCAUCUGGCCACCCUCUCUGUUCCUCUCACAUUUCCAACAGUAAAGAGGAAGAGAAAGCGAGGGUAGAUAUUUGGUGUUUUGUUUUUCUUGCUCUAGAAAAACCAUCUAGAAAGUCAUGUAAGUGACAUUUAUUUUGAGAGAAUUGUUGCCAUACAUGUGAGGGGAAGCUCUGUUUGGUUAAUGUUACCUUUCUACACAUAUUUGAGUUUAGUAUCAACAACCAUGAUAGGGGUACACCAAAAAGUGUACCUAAAUUUAUACCCCAAGAAAUGUACCGACAUUUU